AACCUUCACCGGAAGCGGGGGAACUCUCACCGGAAGCCGGGGCACCCCAGGAGACAGCCGGAAGUGCCAGCGCGGGGGAGGGCUCGGAGGAGCAGGAGCCAGGCCCCGCGGGGGGCCCUCGGGAGGAGGUGGAGGAUGUGAGUGAGGAGGCCCCGCUGCGGGACCGCUCCCACAUCGAGACCACGCUGAUGCUGAGCGAGGACAAGCCGGCGGACGACUACUCGGCGGUGCUGCAGCGGCUCCGGAAGAUCUACCACUCAUCCAUCAAGCCCCUGGAGCAGUCGUACAGGUACAACGAACUGCGGCAGCACGAGAUCACAGAUGGGGAGAUCACCUCCAAGCCAAUGGUGCUGUUCUUGGGACCGUGGAGCGUUGGCAAAUCCACCAUGAUAAACUACCUCCUCGGGCUGGAGAACACGCGCUACCAGCUCUACACAGGUGCCGAGCCCACCACGUCCGAGUUCACGGUCCUCAUGCACGGGCCCAAGCUGAAGACCAUCGAGGGCAUCGUCAUGGCCGCGGACAGCGCCCGCUCCUUCUCGCCCCUCGAGAAGUUCGGCCAGAAUUUCCUGGAGAAGCUGAUUGGCAUCGAGGUUCCCCACAAGCUUCUGGAGCGGGUCACCUUCGUGGACACGCCGGGCAUCAUCGAAAACCGCAAGCAGCAGGAGAGGGGUUACCCCUUCAACGACGUGUGCCAGUGGUUCAUCGACAGGGCCGACCUCAUCUUCGUGGUCUUCGACCCCACCAAGCUGGACGUGGGCCUGGAGCUGGAGACGCUUUUCCGCCAGCUGAAGGGGCGGGAGUCCCAGAUCAGGAUCAUCCUGAACAAGGCGGACAACCUGGCCACGCAGAUGCUCAUGCGGGUCUACGGGGCACUCUUCUGGAGCCUGGCCCCGCUCAUCAACGUCACGGAGCCCCCCCGCGUCUACGUCAGCUCCUUCUGGCCCCAGGACUACAGGGCCGACACCCACCGGGAGCUGUUCCUCAAGGAGGAGAUCUCGCUGCUGGAGGACCUGAACCAGGUGAUCGAGAACCGGCUGGAGAACAAGAUCGCCUUCAUCCGGCAGCACGCCAUCCGCGUGCGCAUCCACGCCUUGCUGGUGGACCGCUACCUGCAGACCUACAAGGACAAGAUGACCUUCUUCAGCGACGGCGAGAUGGUCUUCAAGGACAUCGUGGAGGACCCUGACAAGUUCUACAUCUUCAAGACCAUCCUGGCGAAGACCAACGUCAGCAAGUUCGACCUGCCCAACCGCGAGGCCUACAAGGACUUCUUCAGCAUCAACCCCGUCUCCAGCUUCAAGCUGCUGUCCCAGCUGUGCUCCUACAUGGGCGGCUGCUUCCUGGACAAGAUCGAGCGGGCCAUCGCGCAGGAGCUCCCCGGCCUCCUGGGGAGCCUCGGGCUGGGCAAGAACCCCGGGGCCCCCAACUGUGACAAGACGGGGUGCGGGGAGACCCCAAAGAACCGCUACAAGAAACACUAGGUGGCGCGUGGCCGUGCGGGCUGCUCCUGGCCAGUGAGCUUGCGUCCCCGGGCCGAGAAGCCCCGGCGUGUUCACCCUCUGAGCCACGCUGGCGCUUCCGGCGCUGGAGACGGGUCCCUGGAGGCCAGGUGGG